GGAAAUUGUUCAAAACGCCUCUCCUUCAUUGCACAUAUUGCUGGCGGGUGCUUGCCGCUGUCGUAUAUUUGAAAGUGUACCCUCUCCGCCAUAGGAGUCCAGCUUGGUCGCAGUGAGCUCAUCAGGCUGGGUGAGCAUUGAGUCGCAGUCAGCUUCUGCGGUUAUGCUUGGACGAGCAGCAGAGAACGACGUAUACAUACCCCAUCCCUCACCAAAGGACGAAAUUGUGGAUGAUGAGAAUAUGGGGUUGUGGUCGCUUCUCAAGACGUUGAUCAUUCCUGCUCUCAUUUCCCUCAUUCUCUACCUCAUUAUUUCGUAUGCCAUCGUCCCUCUCUGGAAGCGCUACAGAGGGAGAUACAGCACAUACCUGCCACUAGACAGCAUAUCAACAAGGACGACGUCGUUGCGACAUAGAAUACAGACAGCUGUGUUUUCUCGUCUCAUCCCUUCCACUUGGAGGAGAGACUUCGGCGGUGAGCGAUACACGGUCAGCGCACAAGACGGUGCAGGCAGCGACUUCGAUGACGAGGAUGGAGAAGAAUUGUAUGACAUAGACGACGGCCACAGAGAAGCGUUGUCUCUGGAUGCUCGCAGGGGAAGAGACCUUGAUGGCAGACGCCUCAGCCGUGAUCUAGAAGAAGGGUUCAAAGAUGAUAGCGACGAUGAAGAUGAUCUUCCGAACACUCGACACGGGAGAAAUCUGUCACGUUAAGAGGGAGUUCGCCUAGUGAUGUGUCGAAUUCGAGCACAGUGAUAGCCCUCUAGAAUCGUUUCAAGAAAUCGAACAUUAUUCUUCCAAAAUCCAGGCGCCAGUCUCACGUCUGGUGAUUGGACGAACUGUCGAGAAUACAUCAGACCAGAAUGGCACAUACAAGAGGUUUGGAUCAACAGUAAGGGAGAAGGCGUCCCCUAUUUUCUCGC